UCUAGAGACUGAGAUCAGAAAUCACGAGAAAAUGACGACGAUUUCCGAUCUUCCAUACGAUUUGUUACCGGAGAUACUCUCUAGACUUCCGACCAAGUCUAUACCGAAACUGAAAACCACUUGCAAAAAAUGGUACGCUUUGUUCAAAGAUCCGAAAUUCGUCGAGAAGAAGUUGGGUAAAGCAGCAAGGGAGACGGUGUUUCUGAUGAAUCAUGAGGUUAAUUCGAUUAGCGUAGAUAUCCAUGGAAUUCCAAAAGGCUAUUCGGUAUCCAUGGAUUUUACAGGUACACUCACCAUACCCGAAGGUUCAGAUUUGGAAAUAUUUCGAAUCCAUCACUGCAAUGGUUUGUUCUUAUGCGCCACAAUGAACUGUAGACUCGUAGUUUGGAACCCCUGUACCGGUCAAAUCACAUGGAUCAUACCUAGAACUCGUUACGAUAGUGAUGAUAUAUAUGCUCUAGGAUGUGGUGACGACAAAUCAUCUUCUUUACAUAGCUACAAAAUCUUGAGGUGUUGCGAUGACAAUCAGAAAAAACCAGUGUCUGAAAUCUAUGAUUUUAGUUCUAGUUCAUGGAGGGUUCUUGAUGGCGUCACUGCAAAUUGUUUCAUAGAAUGUAAUGGCGUGGCUUUGAAGGAAAGUGCUUACUGGUAUGCUUCAGAUAAAAGAGAAACUCCCAAGGGUAAAUUCAUACUCAGGUUUGAUUUUGCAACGGAGAGAUUUGCACGUCUAUGUCUUCCCCUUAAUUUUCAGAGGGAUCGUGAUAAUAAGAGUGUGGUUGUGUCUGUUGUUGGAGAAGAGAAGCUUGCUUUGUUACAGCAGUUCGACCAUAGGGUUCAUGGUUUGAAAUAUUCUAAGAUAAAGAUAUGGGUGACCGAUACUAAGAUCGGUGAGGGCAAAGACUUGUCGUGGAGCAACAUCUUAGUAGAGGAACUUGCUGACGAUAAUCUACCAAGUGUAACGAGUUUCCUGUUGGACGAGGAGAAAAAAGUGGCAGUGUGUUCUGACGCAGUGUGUUCUGAUACAGACACGGAAGAUGAAGAUAGGAGAAGAAUCUACAUUGUUGGAGAAGGUGUAGAUGAAUUCGUCUAUGAUGAAGUUUCAACGGAAACAUCCCACAAUUGGCCAUUUCUCGUCAGUUAUGUUCCAAAUCUGGUUCACAUUGAGAAAGAUGCACCCAUAGUCGAAGUGUAAAGGAAAAGGAAACGGCAAAAGCACAACAAUACCAAUCAAGCUAGAAUCGACGAAAGAGAAACAGAGGAAUGAGGAAGAUAAAGUGAAGAUGGGCUCAGAAACAUUACAAAGGCCCAAAACGAUUGAAAAGAAGCCCACAUAUUUCAAGCCCCGACAUUCAACAAAAGUCAAGCUUCACUCUCAUGGCAAAAGCAUAUGUUCAAGGAGACAGCCAAAUGAUACUAUCUAACCGUUAUGAAGCUCUCAUGGCUCUUUGUUGAUGACAAGAUUAACAGCUGUAAAAAGAGAAACCCUAUAAUGAGUAGUCUAUAUAAAGUACCUCAGUUGUAAUCGAAAUUCACUAUCAGAUAAAGAUCAAUAAGAAAAG